AUGGAUAAGAAGAUAGUGCGCAAAGGGCCGCUGCCUGGGGGUCGCCGGGGCGCGUCUGGAGCUGGCGCUGGACGCGGCAGCAUGCAGGCCGCCAGCCGAGCGCGAGGAGCUGCACGGUCACCUAGCAGCCCUCCGCAUCCAUCAUCCCCACCAGAAGGCUUGGUGUCGGCUGGGUCUUCUCGGACUCAGCAAGCGGCACCCGCCGCUGGUGGAGCACGUCGCAUGCGUUGGUCACAAGCAAUGAAUGCAAACGCACUGCGGGCGUACUUUAGGGCAAAAGGGGAAGAAACUGGAUAUUUGGCGUAUCAGGCUAGGAUGCAUCGUCUUUUUGCUGAGCUGGAGCCAUCUUUAACCGUCACAGAGCAAAACCUGGCAGACCGAGUUCGGUAUAUCUUGCGCUCAAAUAUAUUUGAUGUCGUCGAACUCGAACGGCUACGACGUGAGGCUGUUCCCUCGUCGGAUGAAAAUGCUACGGCUGAGGAUGCGGCGCCACAAAUGGUAGAGCAACCCGCAAACGUGGAUGCCGCGUGA